CUUCCGUGACAGAUUUAUCAACAAUAACAAGAGCGACGCGGCACAGUUUGGCGAUCAAAGUGCGAGUCUUCAAAUGACAUGCCGUGGAUAAACUGACGGUUAGGAGUUGGUGUGGAUUACAGCGUCCUGUCCUACGUCUUACUGAGGAGCUGCUCGUUCAGUAGCGCUAUUAUCUCUGAGAAGUGCCGUGAGGACACUGACCAGAGCCCAGUAUCUUUGCUGUUGCAUAAGGUGCACGGUGUUGGCCGGUUCAAUGGAAGCUUCUGAGACAGAAGGCCGCACCUUCAUGCAGGCGAUCAGUGAGAAGUACAGCCCGGAAAACUUCCCUUGCCGUCGGGGUCCAGGCUUGGGUGUCGUGGUUGUGCCGUCUGUACAUCAGGGAUCACCUAUGAAAGACCGUCUGAACCUGCCCAGUAUUCUGGUUUUGAAUGGCUCUGGAAUCAGUCAUGCAGGAGAAGAGGAAGAAAUUGCUGCCUUCUGUACUCAUGUAAUUGAACUUGAUCUGUCCCACAACAAGCUCCAAGACUGGCAUGAGAUCAGCAAGAUUGUUUCUAACAUCCCGAACCUGGAGUUCCUGAACCUCAGCUCUAAUCAGCUGAGUGAUGCAGUCUUGGAGCCAGACUGCGCCAAGGCCUUCUCUAGCAUCCGCCGCCUGGUUCUUAACAAUACCCUGGUGUCCUGGGACACAGUGCACACAUUCACACAAGAGAUGCCUGAACUAGAGGAGCUGUUCCUGUGCCUUAAUGAGUACACCACUGUGACACCGGCCGCCAUGCCCUGCCCCACACUGCGUCUGCUUCACAUCACAGAUAACAGCCUCCACGAGUGGAGUGAAGUACGAAAAUUUGGCUCCAUGUUCCCUGCACUGGACACUCUGGUCAUGGCCAACAACAACCUGAACUCCAUUCAAGACUCAGGAGAAAUCCUUCAGCGGCUCUUCCCUAACCUUCGAAGCAUCAAUCUGCAUAACGCAGGACUUAAUCGAUGGGAGGACAUUGAGAAGCUAAACUUACUGCCCAAACUGGAAGAAGUGAGGUUGCAAGGCAUUCCUCUACUGCAGGCUUACACGAGCAUGGAGCGUCGCAGUCUAAUGAUAGCCCAACUGCCAUCAGUGACCUCCCUGAAUGGGAGUGUCGUGACGGAUGGCGAGAGGGAAGACGCUGAGAGAUUCUUCAUCCGAUAUCACUUGGAUCAUUCAGAGGAAGAGCUGCCCCACAGAUAUCACUGCUUGGUGACCAAAUAUGGGAAACUGGCUCCUCUUGCUGAGAUUGACCUGAGACCACGUUGCCACGCCAAGGUGGAGGUUCGCUAUGAAGACAAAGUACAGCAGGUGAGCAUCCGUUUGGACCAGACCGUCGCAGAGCUGAAGAAGCAGCUGAGGACUGUUGUGCAGCUCCCCACCAGCAACAUGCGCCUUUACUACAUCGACAAGAGUUCUGCCUUUGGCCCCGAUGAGUUGAAAUACAGAGCACGGGCUUUGCACUCUUACAGUAUUCAAGAUGGGGAUGAGAUCCUGGUAGUUCCCAAAACAAAAUAACCAUCUUUCUCCAGGAUCACAAAAAAAGCUAUAUUUAAAUAACCAAAUCAACUUUGAAUUAGCACCAUCUAAGCUCCACAGAGUGAAUUAGGACUGUCUUUCAGGGAAAAACUUCUAGGAUUUGCUGGGGCUUUAGUUCGGCACAUAAUGUGUUACGUCUCUACACGGUCAUAAGAAA